AUGGUGGCGAACGAUUUCUAUUUAAUGAUAUUUCGUAGCGGUGCCCCACCAAUUUUCAAUCACCGCUUUUUAAAGAAGGAGGAAAAGUUAGUCAAAAUCAAACCUAAAGGCAUCAGUUGUGUCAAAGUAAAUGGUGUUUAUGAAUGGCAGUUUUAUGGCGGGAAAGUGAACGAUAUGUCAUUUGCAAUGCAACAAAACGAAUGUGGAGGACCUCAGCCGAACUACAGUGGUGCAGGUGGUACAACUGUUGCUAUGCCAAAAGCAUUCGGCGCUUGUGAUAUUUACAAACCGACAUGUCUUCUGAAGAAGAUUCCUAGUUUUCUAACUACUAUUUUAUUGAUGGGAGUUCCACAAAGCGCAAGCAUGAUAUACAGCGAUUUUACCUAUGUGUCAGGCAGAUGGUAUUAUAACAAUGUUCCGCUUCCGAGUUUCUAUAACAACCCUGUGGUACAGUGCAACGCUGAGGAAACGAAGCUAACAGCAACUUCACGUGUUACGGGAUUUAAACAUAGUUACUAUUGUGGUUGCCGAGGAAUGGAAAAGGUUCCCCCUACUCAGGCAGCGUCGGUUCUCAUGAAUUUUUAUGAAGCUACACCGUAUUAUAAUCUUAAGUAUAGAGAUGAAAUAAUAAGCUAUGACGUUUCAACAUGUACCGCCAAAAUGUCUUGCACCGGAAAUGAUAGCUUGAUUCUUUUUUCUGGAUCAUUGAAACCAGUAAAGUUUCUACCGGGAGAAUCUCCAUCAAUUUCAUGCCAUCCAGCAACUUCUCGGCCAUACCCAGAUAACUCAUAUCUUACCAAAAAACAGUGGUACAUCGAUGGCAUCAUGAUGAACGCACCGGUCUUCAGUUGUCAACAAAACAACGGUUGUGCUUGUAAAUAUGUUCCAUUGACCUCUGGAAAUAUCCAAAAACUUGUUGGAUUAUCUUCCUUCUUCCAUUCAUUGAUUCUCGUCCAAUCAAAACGCCAACCGAUGACCGAAAAGGAACAGUUUGCCCAACAACUAUCAGAUGUCCUGAAGAUUAUGUUUUUGUCGGUUUUGACCUAA